AUGGAGGCCGAUGAACCUUCAAAUCCAAGUAUCUUGCCUUCGUUACCAGAAGACAUCAUCAGUUUUUGUAUCUUGACUUGUCUACCAGUGAAGACCCUCAUAAGACUGACUUGCGUCUGUAAGGCAUGGCGGAAUCUCAUAAACUCAGAUCCAGAAUUCAUCAAGUCUCAUCUGCAACAAUCUCUCCAAAACAAGGCACCCCGCAAAAUCUACAUGCGCAAUUGGAUCACCUAUUGCCCCUGCCAUCGAUCCAUCCUGGAUGCCCCAGGUUUCGCGAAUUCUGAUAAUCAACGGACAAUUAUUCAUCAACGCGACGAAUUCAUGUAUCUUGGGAUGCAAAUGUACGUCGUAGGCAGCUCUAAUGGGCUGCUAUGUAUUCUCCAGGAUUGCGGUUGUAGCGGGGACUCGAUACUAUAUCUUUGGAACCCAGCUUUAGGGCAAUUCAAGUUGUUACCUAGAAGCAUAUGCACAGGUUAUUGGACUAUUGCUGUAGGCUUUGGCUACGACCCAGGAGCGGACGAUUAUAUAGUGGCAAAAGUAUGCAGGCUGAAAGUAGUACCAGAAGGGUAUGUCAGCUACAAGGUUGGGAUCUAUACCCUAAGAAACCAUUCCUGGAAAACUAUCACCUUUGAUACUGUUCCCGGAGCGCCCAGACGGGUUGAGCGUCAUGAUCGUGUAGGUGUGAUUCAUGAAGGAUUCCUUUAUUGGAUAAGUGGGACUGACGAGGAAGGGUGCAUUUGGUUGAACGCGUUUGAUAUGAAACGAGAAAUAUUUCAAGUGAUUACGGUUCCAAGUUACGUUCCCGUUAACUCAUACCGGAGGCUUAGAUUGUUUAGGGGGUGUGUUUCCGUAAGUGGUUUCACAUCAGGAGAGUUUGAGCUUUGGGCAAUGAAAGAAGAAGGUUCUUGGGUAAAACAAUUUGUGAUCACAAGAAACUCGGAUAUGGUUAUCUGGCCUCAUCUUAGCACAACUGAUGUCACAUCAGGUGGGAAGAUUCUGGCAUUUCAAGCACAUUAUACAGCAGCAAUACGUAAAGAAUCAGGACGUCUGGUUUUGUAUGAUCCAGAUAGCCAAAUGAUUGAGGAUGCCAUCAGUGGGUUGGCUUAUCAUGAUAUCAAACCUUCUUGGCUUUGGUUCAAGUACUUUGUAGUGGAUAAUUAUGUGGAGAGUUUAGUUCGUGUUAUACCAGAUGGUGAAAGGAAAAUUUCUCAAGAGAUCAUUGAUUCCUAUGCCAACGGAGGAGAAGAAAAGACCAAGAAGAAUUCAAGAAAAUUAUUCGGCUGCUUCGUGUGUAGGGAUUAG